AUGGCCACCGACGAGCUCCGGUCGCCGCUCCUCCCGCCGCGGCGCCCACGGCGAGUCAGCAGCGCCGCGGCGACGCUCGCGCUCCUCCUGGUCGCCGGCCUCGGCCCUCUCCCCAGCGCCUGCUGCGGCACGAGUAGGAGCAGGCACAGCCCCCGCUCCUCGCCGCCGGACCCCGUGGAGCUCACCCUCCUGGCCGCAGCUCACGACAAGGGCGCCGACGACGCGCGCGUCGCAGUGUGCCUGGACGGGAGCCCGCCGGGGUACCACCUGCAGACGGGCUCCGGCGCCGGGUCGCGCAGCUGGCUCAUCCAUCUCGAGGGCGGAGGCUGGUGCAACACCGUGCGCAGCUGCUCCGGCCGCAGGACGACCGACCUCGGCUCAUCCAAGUUCAUGCAGACACGCAUCAACUUCACGGGCACUCUUAGCAACGAUCCGGCACUGAACCCUGAUUUCUACAGCUGGAACAGAGUGUUUGUUCGGUACUGCGACGGGGCUUCGUUUGCUGGGGACUCGCAGCACGGUGAUCAGGAUGGGAACGGCAAGCUCUUCUUCAGAGGCCGGCGCAUAUGGGAGGCGGUCCUUGACGAGCUCAUGCAGAAAGGGCUCGCCCAUUCCGAACAGGCCUUGCUUACGGGUUGCUCUGCUGGUGGUCUGGCUACCCUGCUGCACUGCGAUGACUUCCGCGCACGGUUCUCUUCGGAGGUUUUGGUGAAGUGCCUUCCUGACGCCGGAUUCUUUCUGAACGUAGAGGAUAUCUCAGGUCAAAGGUCAAUGAGGUCUGUAUACAGUGGAGUCGUUCACCUUCAGAAUGUUACUGAAGUUUUGCCCAAGGACUGCCUCCUGGCCAACAAGGAUCCGACAGAGUGUUUCUUUCCUGCGGAGAUCAUCAAGAGCGUCAGGACGCCCACGUUUAUCAUGAACUCUGCCUACGACUCUUGGCAGGUACAGAAUGUUGUUGCGCCGGAUAGUUCCUCUCCUGAUGAGUCAUGGCGUCGCUGCAGAGCUGACAUUCGCAGCUGCAACUCCUCGCAGAUACAAGUCCUCAAUGGAUUUAGGAAGGCGAUGGUGGAUGGCCUCAAGGCUGUAGGGGACAACAAGGACUGCAGCUGGUUCAUCGAUUCAUGCUUCAGCCACUGUCAGGCAUGGUUCGAUAACUCGCCAUGGGACACACCAGUUGCCCCAAGGCUAGGAAACAAGACACUGGUGGAGGCUGUUGGGGAUUGGUACUUCGGUAGGAGCCCAAGCCAGGCAGUGAGAGAGAUUGGCUGCGAGUAUCCAUGCAACCCCACAUGCAACAGCCUCCAGUUGCCAGCUCAAUUUACGACAGAUUUGUACUAUGGGAAAGAAAAGAGUGAUCGUCUAGUAGUGUAACACUAUAAAUAUAAAAGACCGGAUCGAGUGCUCUAACUUAAGAGGAGGAGAAGGUGAAUUAAACAACUUAA